CGCAGGCGCAGUGGCCGGAAGACAGACCGUGUGUUUCCAAAAUGGCGGCAGCGAUGGAUGUGGAUACCCCGAGCGGCACCAACAGCGGCGCGGGCAAGAAGCGCUUUGAAGUGAAAAAGUGGAAUGCAGUAGCCCUCUGGGCCUGGGAUAUUGUGGUUGAUAACUGUGCCAUCUGCAGGAACCACAUUAUGGAUCUUUGCAUAGAAUGUCAAGCAAACCAGGCGUCUGCUACUUCGGAAGAAUGCACUGUUGCGUGGGGAGUCUGUAACCAUGCCUUUCACUUCCACUGCAUCUCUCGCUGGCUCAAAACACGGCAGGUGUGUCCGUUGGACAACAGAGAGUGGGAAUUCCAAAAGUAUGGGCACUAGAAAGAAUUCUUCCAUCGAGCUCAGCUGUUCUGUUCUCCAUUUAAUGACUUGCCCCCCUGUUACUUAAGUAUAAAUUAGAUAGAACUGUGUCUUUUCUGCUUUGUCUUCAGUUUGCUAUUCCUGCAGCCGUAUUGUAUUUGGUGUCAAAUAAAAUCCAGUUGGAUUCUAGAUCA